AGUCGGACUCACAAGCGUCAAACAUGUUCACUAAGCUGUUUGUGGUGGGCCUUCUGGCCACGGCCUGCCUGGCCGCCGAGGAGAAGAAGGCGGCUGAGGACCUGAAGACGGACAGCUCGUCCACCAGCUUCUCCCACAGCAGCCUCGGCUCGGUGCACUCCGGAGUGUCCACGUACCACGCUCCUUCCACCACCUACGCCCCUGCCAGCUCCUACCACGCGGCGUCGGCUGGCUACGCCUCUGGCUCGUCCUACCACGCUCCGUCCCCCACUUACUCUUCCAGCUCGUCGUACCACGCUCCGUCUACUGGCUACUCGUCGGGCUCCUCGUACCACGCUCCGUCCCCCUCGUACUCUUCCAGCUCGUCAUACCACGCUCCGUCUACUGGCUACUCGUCGGGGUCCUCGUACCACGCUCCGUCCCCCACUUACUCGUCCAGCUCGUCCUACCACGCUCCGUCUACUGGCUACUCGUCGGGGUCCUCGUACCACGCUCCGUCCCCCUCUUACUCGUCAAGCUCCUCGUCCUACCGCGCUCCGUCUACUAGCUACUCGUCGGGCCCCUCGUACCACGCCGAGCCGGCCUACUCGCCAAGCUCCUCCUACCACGGCGCCGCCCCCAGCUACGCCCCCGUCUCGCCCUACCGCGGCCCGGCUAGCUACGCCUCGGAGGGGUACGCCGCGCCCCAUCAGAGCAGCUAUCGCCCGAGCUACCAGCCCGUGCAGACGUACCACCAGUCGGCCUACGCCCCGGCUCGCCCCAGCUACGGCUCCGGCUACGCCCCUGCCGCCGGCUACGGCUACGCCGCCGGCUACCAGGGCGUGACCUACGCCGGUCGCGACCAGGGUUACGGCCACGACAACGCGUACAGCCCCCGUCCGCACGCCGCAGGCUACUCGUACCAGCCCCGCGGCUACGGCUACCAGCAGAGCGGCUACGGCUACCAGCCGGCCGGCUACGACCGCACGCCUUACGGCGGACACGGAGACUACGCUGCCCCGGCCUACGAGCCCUCCCACUACUAAAGCGUUGACUGGCUCCCAGGGAACAGGCCUAGAUCUGUUGAAGAAGGUCUAGAUAAUGAAGACAUCGAUCCACUCUACCUUUCUCGGCUGCUAGAAACACUUUAUUUAUUACACUGCAUUGAAUACAGACAAUGCAUGCGUAUGAAUCAUGUUUCGCGCUGCUGAUGUCUGCUGCGGAGUGGCGGAGGAAUGUAGAGUGAUUUUUGUCACGUACCUGACUUCAGCGAGUGUGCCGAGUGAUUUGUGCGCCGUAAAUAAACUUUUGAUUUGUG